UGUAGUACCUCGCUAUCCUCUGUUGGUAAGUAGCCAUUCUGAACUGAGCUUGCUUUCUUAACUCUUAAAUUAGGUCGAAGUGGGUCUCCUUCAAGUCUUCUUCUUCUCGUUCGUGUCUUCAGUCACUGAACUGAAACAUCAGUAAUUCUAGUCUCUUGUACCGGUGGCUCACUUUUUCUAAGUAAUGGGGAAGAGUCUGAUUCAAAACUGUCUGCGAUAGAUCACGUCGAACUGAAGCACUUAAGAAAGAAGCUGAGAACUUUUGGUUGAUUUGAUGCUCAUUCUGACACGGUUCAUAUAAAGUCACAGCACAGACAUAACCUGGUUGCUGCUACUAGUCAGGCUCAUCAAAUGCAAACAUGGCUCUUGUUGGCCUUGGCCCGGCCGUCAACUGCUUCAACAGCAGAUGCGGCUGACCUAGAUGUCCCAUCAAUAGCGAAGGAAGUGGCUGAACUCGUUCUUUGGGACUUGGACUCUGACUUUCCGUACUCGUCCCUGAACCCAAUGGGGAAUCCGUCCCUUUCAGCCCCUGAACCUAAUGAAUCUGUUUGGUACGCUGAGGCUUCUCCUUCCCCUGAAAUCGGCCGUAAACAGACACUGCUUGAAGACAAGAAAGGUUGGGACAAAGACCUCUCUUUCAAAUCUCGUAGGAAGUGGAAAGGAAGUAGCUUGUGCUUGGCGUGCUCUAAGCUCCGAAGCUUAUGUUCGAUUGAAUUAACCUCAACAACUCGUGAAAGCAGUUUAACUAAUGGCCGAAGUCCUUCUUCGCGCACAGCCAGACCUUCUGCUCGAUUGUUUGUUGCGGGAAGAAGGCUGGAAUCUGUCUCUCCCUAGCCCUAGGAUAGAAUGUGAUCUCUUUCUCUCCACUCCCCCUCCCCGACUUCCAUUGAAGUAAGGGCGGGUUCUCUCCUUGCUGGAUUGCUGUCUUCCGCCAUUCAAUGCUGUUGUCAGUUUGUUUGUUGAAGUCAGACAGACAGCUUUGACACUUCCCGUGCUCUUACAAUAUCUUUUAUAAGAGAAAGAGACAUGGAAGAGAGUUUCACCAAGUCUCCUUUUCUCUGCACUCCUUUUGCUUGCCUUACUCGGGCAUUCAGCCUUAGGGCAAGCGGGUGAACUCUGAUCCCGACUCAAUGAUAGAUAUCAGGUUAGAACCACCAGUCAGAUAAGGGGAGAAAUCCUCAUCAAGCAUAACGGCUUUUAUCACUAAGAUAAGACAUGAUCUCCUGUUCAGGCUAAUCAAUCAACUCAAUCGAUUAGCGUAGAUGAAGAAGGAGAUUGGCUCGUUGAUCUUUGAUUCGAGAGUCUUCCCGGCUGGCCUAACUAGUUGAACCCCUGAGGGCUAAUCCAUCAAGAUCGUAGCUAAGCCGGAAAGACGACCCUUUGCGAAAAACCAGAUAUAGAGAGUGUUCAGUGAGUGAUCGUUGUUGUCGUGGAAGGGUUCUCUUUGAACGAAUCCUAUUUGAACUAAGCCCGAAAGCACGGGAUGAGACUUUUCUUUCUUCUUUCUUUUUUUUUUCCGGUAUGCCGCUCCGCGAGAAAGGAAAGGAGCGAAACGAAAGAACCAAGUGGGUUGUGGUAAUGUCAGAAUUUGCACCUAUUUGUAUCUAUUUAGUGAUCAGUCUGCUAGUUUCUUUGAUCCCACUCGGUCUUCCUUUUCCCUUUUCUUCCAAUAGUUCGACCUAUCCAGAAAAAUUGUCGGCCUACGAAUGUGGUUUCGAUCCUUUCGGUGAUGCCAGAAGUCGUUUUGAUAUACGAUUUUAUCUUGUUUCAAUUUUAUUUAUUAUUCCUGAUCCGGAAGUAACCUUUUCCUUUCCUUGGGCAGUACCUCCCAACAAGAUUGAUCCGUUUGGAUCUUGGUCUAUGAUGGCCUUUUUAUUGAUUUUGACGAUUGGAUCUCUCUAUGAAUGGAAAAGGGGUGCUUCGGAUCGGGAGUAA